UUGCCCAUGCGCAGUAAAGUUUCAACCGUACCAGCGGUAGCGGUUGUUGUUUUUUGUUCCUCUGUACAGUUAACACUUUACCGAAGUACCUCAUUUUGACAGUUUUUUUUAACAUUUAGGUAUAUCACCAACUUCAAGAUCCUGGCAAGUUAAAUGGGUGCCGUACCGAGUACGGAGGGCGAAAGGGAACCCCUGCUUGUCCCCGUUCCGCCCGAGACGAGCAUACAGCCUGCCUACAGCCGAGUCUAUGGAAGAAGAUGGCUGGUCCUGGCAAUGUUUUCUCUUUUGGCGUUUAUGCAAGGAAUGGUGUGGAACACAUGGGGUCCGAUACAGAACUCUGCCAGACACGCUUACGGCUUCGAAAACACAGACAUCGCCGUGCUGGUUCUGUGGGGUCCAGUUGGGUUUGCGCCGUGGCUUCUGUUCAUGUGGUUAAUGGAUAAGAAAGGUGAGUUGUUUUUUCAGGGUCCCUCUGGCUUCUUCAUGGUGGCAGGAAGUGCCAUGCGAAGUGUCCCUCUGUCCAACCUGCAGCUGAAACGAUGGUUGAUCCACGGGGGUCAGCUGCUGAACGGUUUGGCCGGCCCCACCAUCAUGAGCGCCGGACCCCUCCUGUCCACCACGUGGUUCGCCCCGGACCAGCGGGCCACCGCCACCGCCGUCGCCUCCCUCGUCAGCUACCUGGGCGCGGCCGCGUCCUUCCUGAUUGGCCCGCUGGUGGUGCCGGCGCCCAAUGAGACGCUGCACGCGGCCUCCGGCGCGAUCGACUGGCCCGUGGGCCGCAUACGGGACCGGAUCCAGCUGGUUCUGUAUGGAGAGUUUGCGAUGAUCGCCGUGCUCUUCGCCGCUGUGCUGCUGUACUUCCCGUCCCGCCCCCCCGUCCCCCCCAGCGUGGCCGCCGCCAGCCAGAGGCUCAGCUACAGGAGCAGCAUCUGCAAACUGCUCAGUAACCUGCGCUUCCUGAUGAUCGCCCUGGCGUACUCUGUGCCCACGGGCGUGGUGGCGGGCUGGUCCGGCGUGCUGGACAUGAUCCUCACCCCCGCCAAAGUCAGUCAGGUGGAUGCUGGCUGGAUCGGGUUCUGGUCUGUUCUGGGUGGCUGUGUGUUCGGAGUGGCCAUGGCCAGGUUUGCAGACUCUAUCCGCGGGAUGCUGAAGCUGAUCCUGGUCCUGAUGAUGGCCGGCGCCUCCCUGGCCUCCACCUGGUUCACCCUCACCUGCCUGACCCGGCUCACCCACCUCCCCUCCACCGCAGCCACGCUGUAUACUUCCUGUAUCCUGGUGGGGAUCUUCAUCAACAGCAGUGUGCCCAUCUUCCUCGAGCUCUUCAUCGAGACGGUGUACCCCGUGCCCGAGGGCAUCACCUGCGGCGUGGUCACCUUCCUCAGCAACCUCUUCACCGGGCUCUUACUCUUCUUCCUCACUUUCUACUUCAAAGAACUUUCCUGGCUGAACUGGUGUCUGACGGGCUCCUGCCUCUUCAGCCUCCUCCUCAUCCUCCUCUUCCGAGAGUCGUACGAUCGGCUGUACCUGGACGUCUUCGUCUCCGUCUGAGAGGCCUGGCCGUUUGUUUUUGAAGACUGAAACUUUUAACAGUGAACCUCUCUGCUCAAUGCACACUGCACAACUGGACGGAAAGAGCCGGCGCCAGCUGCCCCUCCCAUCAGACUGGACCUUUUACCCAUGUCUUUGUUUUAUAAAACAAAUAAGGAAAAAAUUUUCAAAAUGUUCAUGAUGAUGAUGAUGAUGUUUUUAUUUAAUCGUAGCCAGUGAGACGUUCCUACAGUAGAUAGUGAACCCCGGUCGUCGUAGAAACCGCUCCUAAACUCUGCUGUGUCCGGCAGGCUUAUGAGACACGUGGUAUAAUCAGUUUUUUUAAGUGACGUACAGCUGUGAUGUUUGACGCACGGUCUGGGUAUGAGGGAAUUUUUCCAUGUUUACAGACGUUUGGUUGGGCGGGGGGGGGUCUCUCUUGUCUCUGUUAUUAAUACAGAGGACGGAAACUGCAGGAUUGGCCGUUCACUCGCACAAUCUCGUGCGAACAAGGGACCGGUCAUAGAUAUAACUAUAAGCCGUCAUAACUGUAAGCUUGUCUGAAACAAGGGACAGCCGUCGUCAAAGUGGGGGAAAAAAACGGUUGCUUUUAUUCAUUUCUCCUGGACUUUUUUAAAAUGGCAUUGAAAUUUGACGAGCUUUGGUCCCUUCUCCCUUUGUAAAUAUUGAGAUGUGUAGGAUUUAAUGGUGCUUCCGUGUCGAGGGCUCUGAUUGGUCAGGGCCCAGGAAGUCGGUUUAGGUCACAGUUCACGGGCUUUUAACUCUCAGUUCUCCCAACCGAAGCUGACCGACCAAUGGGACGGCUGUCCUGUUCUCAGGGAGGCGUGGCUGAGGUCAGCUUAGACGAUGUAGUUGGUUGCUGUCGUGAUCGACAGACGGACCUGUAAGUGAUUCUCUGCGUGAACUCUGAGCUGCAGCCGGGCCCAGAGAGUUUCUGUUAUUGUUUUGGCUUUCUUUUUCUAAGCCACAGUUCAGAUUUUUUUUUUUUUUGCAGUUUGCUGUCCAACCUUUUUGUUGUUGUUGUUGUUGUUGUUUGACUCUUAGCAACCCCGUUAAGGAAGAAGCGAGCAACAUUUCAGGUCUUUUUUUUUUUAACCUUUUUAUUCAUUAGCGUGCAUGCAUUAAUUUAUUAGCCCGGGUCAGAACACUAACGCAGGCUGUUAGCCGGGGCACUUCCUGUGAGGAUGAUGAUGAUGUGGAAAAGCACUAAUGCAGCAUUAGAGGUGUUCAGCAGCCCUUUCAUGGAUGGGGGGGGGGGGGGGGGGGGGGGAGUCGUUGUGCUCGUUAGUACCGCUCGCCAUUACCCACAAUCCUUUUCAGCAACCGUUUUACGGAUAAGGGGGGGAGAGUCUUUGUGCUCGCUAGUACCGCGCGCCAUUACCCAUAAUCCUUUGCAGCCGGCCCUGCGGUACUGAUCAGGCGUUUGUGUCUGUAGCUGAGAGGGUAGCCCUGCGCUCAGAGGGGUCAUCGUCCAUUUUAACUGGGACCUUAACUGGGACCUGCACCGGCCAGUCAGUCAGCCUCGGGGGGGCGGCAGUGGGGGGCGGGGGGCGGGGGCUGUGUACUCCGCGGCCGCUGCCCUCUCUGUCCGCCGCGCGAGAUUGAGCCGUUUGGCGGUGGUUAGCGGUAAGAAUGGGACGGUCGCUGCUGCCGCUGCCUCUGUCGCUCGUUACCAUGGAGAUGCAGGUGCGUUCAUCACCUGCCUGUCGUCGCCCCCCCGCCCCCUGUCGUAGCCCCGCUGCACGUAACCUUGGUUUCCGGAAACAAUUCGCUUCCUGUGGGUGUCGUGUAACGUUUUAAAUUCAUCCUGAAUGGUUUUCAUACGAUGUGACGUAAGAGGUUACGUCACUAGUGUCAAAAUGCUCGCUAUCACAUGUAUGUGCCUCAUAGCCUUGUGUCAUUUACUACAACGUUACGUCAGAAGCAUCGUGAUGUUUGUCAUUAUGCAAUGCUGUCAUGUUUGUGUUUGCUUAUGUGUGACGAUGGUUCUGUCGCUAUGGAGGCGUUGUAGAGACACACUUCAAAUAAAGUUUUAAGGAGGUUUUUAAAUGAUGCUGCUCAUCGGCUGUGGAGGUUCGCGGGUGGGUGGGGGGGGGGGGCUGGUGGGUGGGGGGGGGGGCGGGACCUUCUGGGGUUUGUCCUUUUGCUCUGUGGCUACUUUUCUGUUUUCUGUUUGUGUUCCUUGUACAGAGAUCUCCUGAGUUUGUGAAACGUUGCCUUAAAUGUGACCCGUGUGCACCUCGUUUUCGCGGUUUCGCGAGGUGGCGGCCUGGCGGAGCCACGUUUGGGGAACAGGACGGCCCGUCUGUGCUUCGUCCCGCACCGCGACGGAGCCCCCCUCUCGCGCGAGGUCACGCCGGUCGGGACGCGUCCUCGCUCCGAAACGCUCUCCCACGGAGCCCACGGGGGGCGUGUCCGGAGUCGGGCGUGAGAUGUGUCAGAAGUCUUAACACUGCACCUCAAUAAAAAAAGAAAAGUUGGGAAAACAA